GCGCAGGCCAAUGACAGCGACAGUGAUGUGGGAUCCAAACUGAAGCACAGAUCCUCGGGUUCAGACAGUGAAACAGAUGACAGUGAGGAUGACAAACGGCCCAAGCGGCGAGGCAGGCCGAGAGCUCGCAAAAACAAUGUGGAGGGAUUUACUGACGCAGAGAUCCGCAGGUUCAUAAAGGCAUACAAGAAAUUUGGAGCUCCGCUUGAGAGGUUGGAGGCGAUUGCCCGUGACUCGGAGCUGGUGGAUAAGUCCAUUGCAGACCUGAAGCGACUGGGGGAACUGGUGCACAACACCUGUGUGACUGCAGUGCAGGAGCAUGAAGAGAACAUGAAAGAAAACCCUGUGGAAGCUAAAGGCCCGGGGAAAAGACGAGGCAUUAACAUAAAGAUCUCUGGAGUUCAGGUCAAUGCUAAGUCUAUUAUCCAGCACAAAGAGGAGUUUGAACCACUACAUAAAGCCGUGCCUUCAAAUCCUGCUGAAAGGAGCAAGUGAGUCCUAAUCAAAGCUAUAUUAU